GGCGCGGGGAAGAUGGCGACGGCGGCCGCGGGCGGGUGGGCGGCCGAGGCCCCCGAGGAGUUCGAGGACGCGCCCGACGUGGAACCGCUGGAGCCGACGCUGGCGAACAUCAUCGAGCAGCGCAGCCUCAAGUGGAUCUUCGUGGGCGGCAAGGGCGGCGUGGGCAAGACCACGUGCAGCUGCAGCUUGGCCGUGCAGCUGUCCCGAGUGCGUGAGAGCGUCUUGAUCAUCUCCACCGACCCUGCUCACAACAUCUCAGACGCCUUCGACCAGAAAUUCUCCAAGGUGCCCACCAAGGUCACGGGCUACGACAACCUCUUCGCCAUGGAGAUCGACCCCAGCCUGGGCGUGGCGGAGCUGCCAGACGAGUUCUUUGAGGAGGACAACGUGCUCAGCAUGGGCAAGAAGAUGAUGCAGGAGGCCAUGAGCGCCUUCCCCGGCAUCGACGAGGCCAUGAGCUACGCCGAGGUUAUGAGGCUGGUGAAGGGGAUGAAUUUCUCCGUGGUGGUGUUUGACACGGCUCCCACCGGGCACACGCUGCGCCUGCUCAACUUCCCCACCAUCGUGGAGCGAGGGCUGGGCCGCCUGAUGCAGAUCAAGAACCAGAUCAGCCCCUUCAUCUCCCAGAUGUGUAACAUGCUGGGGCUGGGGGACAUGAACGCCGACCAGCUGGCGUCCAAGUUGGAGGAGACGCUGCCCGUGAUCCGCUCGGUCAGCGAGCAGUUCAAGGACCCGGAGCAGACCACGUUCAUCUGCGUGUGCAUCGCCGAGUUCCUGUCCCUGUACGAGACCGAGCGGCUGAUCCAGGAGUUGGCCAAGUGCCGCAUCGACACCCACAACAUCGUGGUGAACCAGCUCGUGUUCCCCGACCCCCUGCGGCCCUGCCGCAUGUGCGAGGCACGCCACAAGAUCCAGGCCAAGUACCUGGACCAGAUGGAGGAUCUGUACGAGGAUUUCCACAUCGUGAAGCUGCCGCUGCUGCCCCACGAGGUGCGGGGAGGGGACAAGGUCAACACCUUCAGCUCCCUCCUGCUGGACCCCUACCAGCCCCCCAGCCCCAAAUAACGCCCCAUCCCCCCC